AAGUUUUUUGCGUGCCGAUGGCCCCAAAUCCUCUCCGUUUCUGGAUGCCCAUGGACGUGUCCUGGAUCCCUCUUCUCACCAUCCUCAUGCACCUCCAGCAAACCGUGAGCGCCAGCAACACCAAGGAGGUGGUCGGGGUCCUGGGCGGGUCCGUGACCUUCCACAGCCACAACAGAGACAAGAAAGCAGCAUUCUGGAUUUUUGAGAAUGAUCCCAUCGUGACUGUGCCAUUUGGGAAUUCUUCCCCGCCCAUAUUUUCAGACGAAAAGUUCAAAACCCAUUUUGCCGUCUCCGAGAACGGCCGCGCGCUCAGCAUCUCCCCGCUGAGGAUGGAGGAUGCCGGGAUCUACUCCGUGAAAAUCAAUGGGAAAAUCUCCACCUUCAUCCUCCAGGUGUUCAGGGAGCUGGCAGAGCCCACGGUGACCUGCGAGGCCCAGAACUGCUCGGGUGGGAUCUGCAGCUUCUCCCUGCGCUGCUCCGCGCGCGGCGCCGGCUUCGGGAACGUCUCCUACACCUGGAGGGUGCGGGAUCGGCUGCGGGCCGAGGGCUCCGUGCUGCCGUGGGGGAACGGAUCAGCCCGGGACGAGCCGGAGGCGCUGACGUGCCUGGCACGGAACGCCGUCAGCAGCAGGAACGUCACCGUCACCACCCCCGGCGUGCUCUGCAACGGCGCCCUCUCCAGCAGCCAGGCCGGGGCCGGGCUCAGGGUCGGGCUCGGGGUCACAGCCGUGGUUGUAGCCGUGGUGCUUUUAUCGGUGUCCUCCUUGUUCUUCCGGAGAUCCAAAGCGGCCACAGCCGAGUACACGACCGUGUACGCCGAGGUGGGCUCUCCCCAGCCGCGCGUCCCUACAGGAGCUAAAGCCGAGCCGGCGGACGGGGGGUCCCCCAAAACCGUUUAUUCCCUGGUCAAGCGUCCGGAGCAGGUGGGCUGGGCGGAUGAUGGGACGGCAGAAAACGCCACCAGGACCGUCCUGGAGCUGGUCUAG